ACUAUCUCUGAGUGAGUUGAAACAUAUGUGUUUGGCUUUGGGAAGAGCAAUCAUAAGAAGUAGAUUACAGCUUCUUCAGCCUGCUCAACCAUUCAAGAUGAUCAUGGCUGAUUUUCUGCUUCAGUUUCUCUUUUCUGGCUUUGCCGUGUAUCCCUGAACCCCUUGAGACAUGAAAAAGUCUUGAUCUUAGGGUUUAAGUGAAGAUUUGUAGCUUGGGUGCUGGUUGUAGAUGUUGGUGUGCUCGCUGAGCUGGGAGGUUUGAUAGUAGAUAUUUUGUCCCCUUACUAGGUGAUGUCCUCGGUGCUGUUGACUGACGUCCCAGCUUGGUGAACACGCCAACAUCUAGUCUCAGUCUUAAAUGAUUAUGCAUCCAUAAAUAAUUUGGUAUCCACCCACUGUGGUAGAUAGUGAAAUUUGAAUUUGGAAAAAAAAAUACUGGCAUGAAAAGCUUAAAAGCUCAUCUGGUUUGCCUAUGCCUGUGACCUCAGACCCACAAUGCAUUUGAUGCUUGGAUAGACAUUAAUUGCUGGCCUAGUCAGUGAUACUCAAAUCCCAUGAACAAUAUAUUUUUUAAACAAAUUCUCCUGAUCUCAAUGCUAAAUCAUUGUUUCCUUCACCUUGAGACUCUGCCGUGUGCUCUGGAUUCCACAAUCAGGUGGAGUGAUGUCAUUCCUGCAGUGUACACGAUCUGCCCUGAGUAUCUGGCAAAUACAAAGCAGAGUACGGAUAGAGACCUGUACACUUCUGCAGGCCUGUUCAGGAUGCAGCUUUGUACGAUGGAAGAAUAUGGCCGCCAACAGUGGCAGAAGUAUGAACUACCAAUUUUCUAACACACAAUGGAGAUGCUUGGUUGCGGGGGUCCUGGCGGGUACAGGUGCUGUCCUAGUUUAUGGCUUACAUAGACAGCAGGUGCAGCAAACAGAGCCUAAAAGUAUUACAGAACUGAACAGCCUAACUGUGUCAGCAUUGGGCAAUGAGGUGAAACCAACUAACUCCAUCUAUACCAGGCAGGAUGUUGCCAAGCAUAAAACUCUGGCAGAUGGGGUAUGGGUCACUUAUAAAACUGGUGUAUAUGAUAUUACAAAGUUUGUGGACCUACAUCCUGGAGGGGACAAGAUCAUGCUUGCUGCUGGUGGUGCCAUUGAACCGUUCUGGGCAAUGUAUGCAGUCCACAAUCAAGAACAUGUUUAUUCGAUACUUGAAGAGUACAGAAUUGGAGAACUGAGCCUUGAAGAUCAGAAGCAGACAAUCGUGGAUGUAGACGACCCUUAUGGGAAUGAACCCCCGAGACACCCAGUUUUGAAAGUGAAUAGCUUAAAGCCAUUUAACGCAGAACCACCGUUAGAACUCCUGUCUGAAAAUUACAUUACCCCAAAUGAAAUUUUCUUCAAACGAAACCAUUUGCCUGUACCAGACGUUGAUCCAAAAAAGUACCGAUUGCAGAUUAUGGGAGAGGGGCUCAAGUCCAUCAAACUAACUCUUGAUGACCUCAAGACCAAGUUCCCAAAGCACACAAUAACUGCUACAUUGCAGUGUGCAGGGAAUCGGCGCUCGGAAAUGAAUGCUGUGCAUCUGGUAAAGGGACUGAAUUGGGGGAUGGCAGCUAUUGGUAAUGCGACUUGGAGCGGGGCCAAGCUUUCUGAUGUCCUCAAGUAUGCAGGGCUCCCAGAGAACACAAACGCCAAGCAUGUCCAAUUUGAGGGACUUGAUAAAGAUCUGAGUGGGACCCCCUAUGGGGCCUCUAUUUCCGUUCACAAGGCAUUGGCUAAAGAUGGCGACGUGCUACUUGCGUAUGAAAUGAAUGGUGAAGAUCUAUCCAGGGAUCACGGCUUUCCACUGCGUGUCAUUGUGCCUGGAGUGGUUGGAGCACGCAAUGUGAAGUGGUUGAGCAAGAUCGUUGUAAGCAAAGAAGAAAGUCAGAGCCAUUGGCAGGUGAAUGACUAUAAAGGAUUUUCUCCCUCUGUAGACUGGGAUACUGUUGACUUCAGUACUGCUCCAGCGAUCCAAGAACUCCCCAUCCAGUCUGCCAUAACAACGCCUUCUAAUAACGAAUUUAUCUCUGCAGACAAUGGCGAGAUCACAGUGAAAGGCUAUGCAUGGAGUGGAGGUGGCCGAGAAGUGAUUCGAGUAGAUAUCUCACUAGAUGGUGGGAAGACCUGGAAAGUGGCUGACUUAACAGGGGAGAAGCAGGAUACGGGUCGGGUGUGGGCAUGGAAACUGUGGCAGCUCACUGUGCCUCUGCCAAAGGGCCAGAGAAACUUGGAGAUAAUCUGCAAAGCUGUGGACAACAACUACAAUGUGCAGCCUGAUACCGUUGCACCCAUCUGGAAUUUACGUGGUGUUCUCAAUAAUUCCUGGAGCCGGGUGACAGUUACAAUCAAACCUAGUAGUGGUUAGAAACUGGAUCUGAAUGUCUCAGAUUACAGAAUUUGGCUGUAUACGGUUGCCAUGUGAGCUAGCUCUUGACAUCAUUGCAUUAACUCCAUAUACAGUCAAGUUCUCUUAAGUCUAAGCCAUUCUAUUUGAAUUUGGUUCAGUUUUUAAUCUGGGGCAAAAUUCUUAAGCCAGUGAUUUCUUUGCUGAUUGUAUUCAUUUGAUUAGUUUGAAUUAACAUUUUUCAAAAGAACAAAACCUCUGCACUCUUCGUUUAGAGCAGUUUAUUGUUCAGAGAUGCAUCUAGACAUUUUAUAGAAAAGGAAACAGAAAUUGCUGGGGUGGGGAGUUCCAGUCAUGUUAGCUCUGCGUAGAUACUGCCAGACCUGUUGUUUUUCCAGCAAUUUUGUUUUUGUUUCUGAUUUCUAGCAUCCACUGUUCUUUGUUUUUUAUUUAGACGUUUCUAAACAUGGCUUAAAAAAACACCCAAAACUAGUGACCUCUGUUUUGUGUUUGUAUCAAUUCCCUCCUUUUUGUUUGGAUAGAAGAUAAUGAAUGCACUGUCAUAAAGUGACCAUAAUAAUGACCCUUGAUACUUAGAGUAAAAAAUUUCAGAAUGUUUAGCUGCAGAAUUUUAAGACAUGCAAGAAGUUUGAAAACCGUAUUGAGACAUAACUGAUUCCAUUUCAAAUGUGCUUCAUUAGCAGUAAAAUACUUUGGGAUGUCCCAAGGUUGUGAUUGGCGCUAAAUUGCUUUUCUUAAACUAUUUUCCCAUUUUGUGAUCUUUAUUGCUGCAUUGCCUGUUUUUUAUGUAGCUCGUUGAAAAGAAGAAUGAUUAAUUUGAUUUGAGACUAAAGCAGCCAACUAUUGAAUGCAAUGACUUGCCUAUCUCAAGUGAAUGUAAAAGAUCUAGUGCCACUGCCAAAGAAGAGCCUAUAUUUAUUCUUCAACCUACAUUUACUGAAGCGGAUUAUCUGGUCAAUCCCGCAUUGUUUGGGAAGUUUUGUUGUGCACGAAUUGGCUGCUCCAUUUCCUACAUUUAUAAUGCUGUACCUGAAAAUGCUUCAGUCACAAAACAUUUUGGUUAUUGAGGUCACAAAAUGCAAGUUUGUUCAUUCAUGCUUUCCUUUCUUGAAAUUUUCUGAAUAAGCAAAUGUGUUAAUGUUCAUUUAAGAGUGAGCCUGAGAGAGGCUGAAUUCAUUCUCAAGUUGAUAGUUCAUAGAAUCUUACAACAUAUGAGGAUGCCAUUCAGCCCUGUUAUGCUAAUGGUAGUUCUUUGAAAGACCUAUUCAGUUAGUACCACUGCCACUCUCUCUCCGCAUUGCAAACGUUCCCUUUCCAAGUGUGUACACUAUUCCUUUUGGAAAGUUACCAUUGAAUCUCCUCCUCCACCCUUGGAGGCAGUCUGUUCCAGAUUGUAACUGGUCAUGUAUAAAUAAAAAUUAUUCCUCUCCACUCUUCCCCCAAUCUGGCUAUUUUUCACUUAUCUGAAAUCUGUAUUCUUGGGUUACUGACCGUUUAGUUGUGCAGUCGGGUUGAAAGUUUUGUUUGUUGCUACAUCACGCCAGUCAAUCCAGGUGACAUGUAUAGACACCUCGGAGACUGCUCAAAGCCACUGUUGUGCUAAAGUGUUGAUGAAUUGAUAGCUUGCUUGUCAAAUAAAAUAAAUUUGCCAUUUUUCUCUUUGUAUUGCUAUGCAGCUUCUGAUUAUAAAAACAAUGUGGUGUGCAAUAAAAAUAUAGCUCCAUUUAAGAGGCACAGUGAUUUUUCUUUUUUAUACAAUGCUGUAAGAAUAGAAUCCAAACAGUGUGGGAGCAGGCCAUGCGGCCCAUUGAAUCCACACCAACCCUCUGAAGAGCAUUCCAAUGCCCUACCUUAUCCCUGCAUUUCCUAUGGCUAAUCCAACUAGCCUGUACAUCCCUGGAAACUAUGUCCAAUUUAGAAUGGCCAAUCCACCUUAACCUACACAUCUUCGAGCUGUUGAAGAAAACCUACACAGACACAGAACGUACACACACCACACAGUUGCCCAAGGCUGGAUCAAACCUGGGUCCCUGGCACUGAGGCAGCAGUGCUAACCACUGAGCCAACGUGCUGCCCCUGUAAUGACUUACACCAAAGUUCCAUUUUAGUAUAGGACUGAGUUUGAACCCUGAACGAGUUUGGUGCCUGUUUUCUGUUUUGAGUGAGUCUCCAUCUGGAAUCUACUUUGUCUGUCCUUUAGUUUAUUGCCUCUGUCUCUCACUUGUGUUUAUUAGUGAUCAGUGGUUGGGUAAGAUUUCAAGGCUACUUUAAAACCAGCCAGUAAAAGCUUCACCAGUGUCCUGAAACUCAUUUUGCUCACUGUGUGUAUAUCUCAACUUCCACUUGGCAAUCUCCCCCAUGGUGGGAUGACUGAAAUCAGCAGUGUCAUAGCUGAUGUAGUUGUGAGCAGCAAAUAUAAUUUUGCACUCAGGUCGUUAAACCUGGGACUUUUGAACCAGUGUUCCAUGGUCUGUUUUGGGUGACUACAGCUGCACAUCGGAAAGUUUUUAAACUUUAUAUUGUAUACCAGGCAUCCUAAUCUGCCAUGUUUUGUACAGACAUAGUUUAGGUUUUCCCAUGAAUUGGAUCUUCACAAGAUACUGCUUUCUUUCUGAUGGUCUAAUCUGACUGUGUAAACUUUUCAUGAUUGAAGUUUCAUUGUUGGAAAAAUUAAGCAUGUGGGUUCAAAGGGACUUGUGCAACUUUGAGGGAGAUUACUGGUGUGUUGGUGGAGAGAUGUUCAUUUUACUGGAUUUUCUAGAGGAUUGUACUGUUGCAGCUGAUGACUGGAGAGAUGUACAACUGCAAAGGCACCUCUGGGUCAACCUGAGGAUUUCAGACUUAUCCAACUGAAUAAUGCAGCACAAUAUAUGUGUAGCAACUCCUGGUCUGUACUAAUCCGUAGUACUUGUAAGCCAUCUCUGAUGUCUGGAGCAAUCCUGCUGAUGGCAAGCACAAGCUGGAGAGCAGUGUUCAAAAGCAAGUUGAUCCUUGUCUUUGUAUUGAUGGCUACCUUCUUCAGGUGUGUGGUCCAGCUUCACUCCACACUACGUCAGUGCAAGAUCAUGUUGCACAGAAUUGGCAAAGAGAGUCGAUUUUUGACAUGUGUUUAGUAUUCUUGUUGUCGCAAUGAAGUCCAGUAACUGGUUUUAUACAGAUUUGGUUUGAGAUUCCAAUUCUGGAACAAUUUCUCUAUUAGAAUUUGGAUUCCCAUCCGAGGUGGAUUUGAUAUCAACAAAAGACUGUUUGCCAGGCAAGGUCAUAUGCAAAUUUGCACAACUUGGUUUGUAGCAUGUUGGUGGUAUAGAUAUUGAAGAAUAUCUGUGCAAGUAAUGAGCCUUGUUGAGGAGCUGUGGUGAAUUGACUUUGUCACAUAAGCAGUCACUUAGCAUUUUGUGUACAGCAAUGGCAAAAUCUUGUCACAACAUCUACACUUUGGCUGGAAUUCUACUUGUUCUUUAAGGUUCAUCACUUGAUGACUGCAGAUUCUCUAGGAGGUGAUGCAUUCUAAAAUUUAGUAUGUCAUGCGCAUCAGUAAUAUUGAUGUCAGUUUUCCUGGGUCAUACAUCAGUUUUACCAAUGACCAUUGUCUCCUGCUCUACUUUUGGGAUGUGUCUAGAUUUGACAUAUUAAUGUACAGUUUUGCCAGCUAGCCAUUUGGAGUGGAAGAUGGCAGCCUUCUCGUGGCCCACUCUGUUAAAUGAGAAAUCACAACUGAUGCCAUCAUCCUGACAACUGAACAUUGAUUUAACAAUCUUGCCAUCUUUAGAGAAGCAAAUAAAGCCACCAUACUAGCCGCCUUGGGGGCUAAGCAAAAUGCCAGCAGGAACAAGGGUUCACCAAUACCUGGGAAAGUCCUUCGAUUCUGUGAUAUUUUUUGAGUUGCAUGUUCAAAGACAGAAUUCUGUUGCUUUCACUCUCAAAUGGCCUACAUGCUAACCAUUACUGUACCUGUAGCUGCAGCCUCAUGGAAAACCACUGCCACUCAAGACAUGGCUUGGGCAUGUGUCAAGAAAGCAUCAUUGAUUUUGUUAUAUUUUCCUCCACCACAGUUGAAGAAGCCACUUUGACCACUGCCAUCAAGUUGAAAGAGCUACAGAUUACCAACUUCCCAAAAAAAGUUCUGGAUUUAACAUGGCCAAAGCCAGUGUUUCCAAGUGCAUUAAUCCAAACUUAAUAUAUCUCUGACUUUAACAGCCACCUACGAGGCUAUGACACAAAUAAUGCCAAAGACAGAACUCUGGACUGGAUGUUUGCAAAAAAAUAAUGAGCAAGGAACUUUUCAAACUACUUCCUAGCACCAGAACUAUUGCUCAGACCUUGCUUUUGUUAGCAAAGAUGAAGGUGAGAAUAUGUUUUAUGUAUCCCACAAAAUAUUCCCCAACAGCCAGCGUAGGCUCAUCAGCAUUCAAAUUGCCUUUGAAAUUCUUGUGAUUCUAUUGAUGAAUUACACUGUGAAGCCUGGCCAAAGCUGCUUGGGACUGCUGUAUGGCAGCCAUUGAAAAUGCAGUAUCUGAAUUCUUGUAACACCAGAAUAUUAUCACUAGUUGUCCUCCUUUUCACUACUGCCAGAAAGAAUACCCCAAGCAGACAAAGAGGAAUAAAACCCAAAACAGAAACACUUAUUGUUUUAUGCUUGUGGGGGGCUGUGGAAUGUUAGAAAUGUGUACCAAAUUCCUCAGCUGAAGCUGUUCCGGUGACUGGAAUGUUAAAAUGAUGGAUUAGUCAGUACAAAUUUUGCUUUUUCAAAUUUAUACAGAAUGAACAUUUCCACUGUGAAGAGAUUAAUCUAACCUCAUGGUCCUACACUGUAAACAUGACUCAGUUUUUGUGAUGCCUAGCUCCAUGUAUUACUGGAAAAAAUUGCAGUUAAACAAUUUACAAUAAAGUAUGUAGUAUUUCUAGUA